AUGGACCUGGACUUCGAGUACAUUAAAAUUUGUCCAAAAGAGGAAAUGGAUGAAGUACCCGCACCUGUAUCUACAAAACGAAAACGGAGGGGACACGUCUGUGUUUGCGGCAGAAGUUACGCCUACGAACGUUCUUUGAAUAGCCACAAACGUUACGAGUGUGGAAAACCCCGAAAUUUACCCUGUCCGAUAUGUGAUUUUACCCAUCAACGUACCACUCAGCAAAUUACUGACUGUCAUCCAAUGGAAGGAAUUGAUGUUAAUGACAAACAAUUUUCCUGUGUGAAAUGUGGAGAGUUCUACAAAUGGAAGAAAUCGCUGUUGCAGCACAAACGAAUCGAAUGUGGAAAAUCACCUCGGUUCGCCUGUAAAUUUUGUGAAUCCAGAAAUUUUCUCUGCAACGCUUGUGGGAAAAGGUACAAGUAUCGCGAAGGACUGGCGAGACACAAGAGGGUAGAAUGUGGCGGAAAGGAACCUCAAUACGGCUGUCCAAUUUGUGGAAAGAAAUUCAAACACAGAUAUCAGCUGCGUCCACAUUUGGCAAAAGUUCAUACAAUCCAGGCACUGCCUAGUGAAUUGCACAAUAAUUAUCUGGAUUGA